UGCCCAAGCAAGCACACUACCAGAAUCAAUAGGUUUGAGCAGCCAGGAGCAUCACUGCCUGUACUUGCUCAUUCCUUCUCUCAUUACAAAUGCACAGCCACAAUUAAAAUUUGGACGGAAUUUCUUGUGUUGGGUGAAGAGAAGACAAUGUGGGCCUCCAAGGUCCUCCAGAGUCUGUGGCCGCUACAAGGCCCACAGCCCAGCCAGUGAUGUGUGGAGAGACAAGCAUGCAGCAGCAGUAGCAGCCUGUGGUGGACCAGGAAUGGGGGAGGUAGAAGCAUGGGUGUUCAGGAGAGUCCUCAUAGCUCUCACCCUCCUGUGGACUGUGGUGCAGCUCUCUGCCUCAUGCCCACUACACUGUGUGUGCCAAAACUCUACAGACGCAAAUAUUACAAACAUCACCUCGGUCAUAUGUGCUCAAGGAAACCUUACCGCAGUGCCAAAAGAUCUGCCCCAAGAACUUUCAUCUCUCAACCUCAGUGGCAACAGAAUUGUGUUGCUAGGAGAAAGCUCUUUGGCAGACGUAAACUUACAGCAGUCUUUGAAUACCAGUGUCUUUGAUAACCUCUACAACUUAAAAAUACUUGACCUAAGUCAAAAUGCAAUUUCUACCAUCCAGCCACAUGUCUUUGAAGCUUUAGGACUUGUGAAAGAAUUGAAUCUGUCCAGUAACAACUUAACAGACUUGUACAGUGACAUGCUGUCAGGCUUGACGGCAGUGGACAAGCUGAACUUAGGCAGCAAUAACAUUGCCAGCAUUGAGAACAACACAUUUCUAUACCUGGAGCAGCUUCGCUCCUGGAUCUCAGCCACAAUGACCUGCCAGAGCUACUCACUUUCUCCUUCUUUGGCCUGCAAACUCUUGAGAAGCUUUACCUUCAGCACAACAAGAUUACAUACAUCGAGGCUAGCACCUUCUUGUCUCUCAGCAGUCUUCAGGUACUUGACCUAAGCCACAACAGACUCACUGUUAUUGAUACGCUCACAUACUUCAGCCUGCCAAGUCUCACAUCUCUUUCUUUCAAAGGCAACAAACUACAAGAAGUGAUUCUAACUUUCAAUGGUACCAACGAAAAGCUC